UCCGCCGCCGCGUGUUCGGAAGCGUGCAAGCCGCUCCUCCCCUCCCUUGGAAUACCGAUCGCCCGGCAUUGCCCCGCGCAUCUCACGUCUACGCGAUCGGGGAGGCCGGCCUAUAGCGAGCAAGCGAUGGCGAGCAACGGCAUGUCGCUGGUGCGCCGCGCCGCCGAGGCGGUGCGCCGCACGCCGCGCUGGAAGAAGAGGCUCGUCGUCCUCACCGUCGGAGUUGGAGCUUUAACUUAUGCUUGUCAGGAUAAUCGGCUUCUUCAAAUUUGUGAUGGGACUGGAAACAAGAAGAAGGUGGUUAUCCUUGGAACCGGUUGGGCAGGCGCAAGUUUUUUGAGAAAUAUUGACACCUCUUUAUAUGAUGUUCAUGUGGUAUCACCUCGCAACUACUUCACAUUCACUCCUUUGUUGCCAAGCGUGACAUGUGGCACAGUUGAAGCGCGUAGUAUUGUGGAGCCUAUUCGCAAUAUCGUGCGAAAGAGAAAUGCUGCAUUCCGGUUUUGGGAAGCUGAGUGCUUCAAGAUUGAUCCAACGAACAAAAAAAUCCACUGCAGAUCAGAUGUUGGGACGAACAUCGAUGGAAAUGGUGAAUUUGUUGUGGAUUAUGAUUACCUGGUUGUCAGUGUUGGAGCUAGACCUAAUACUUUCAACACCCCCGGUGUUACUGAAAAUUGCCAUUUCCUAAAGGAAGUAGAAGAUGCUCAAAAGAUCAGGAAGAGUGUCAUGAAAUGUUUUGAAAGAGCCUCCCUUCCAAACCUUACUGAGGAAGAGCGGAAGAAGAAUCUCCAUUUCGUUAUUAUUGGUGGUGGCCCAACAGGGGUGGAAUUUGCUGCAGAGUUGCAUGACUUUGUGAAUGAGGAUUUGGCAAAGUUAUAUCCUGAUGUAAAGAAGUAUGCGAACAUUUCAGUAAUUGAAGCAGGAGGGCAUAUCCUCACAAUGUUUGACAAAAGAAUCACCCAAUUUGCUGAAGAGAAGUUCAAGAGGGAAGGUAUAGAUUUGAAGACAAAUUUUAAGGUUGUAAAGGUGUCUGAUAAGGAUAUUACCAUGACCAAUCCUGCAACUGGAGAGAUCGAUGUUCCUUAUGGUAUGGCUGUUUGGUCCACUGGAAUUGGAACCCGUCCCAUUAUCAUGGAUUUCAUGAAGCAAGUUGGUCAGGCGAAUCGACGUGUGCUAGCAACUGAUGAGUGGCUUAGGGUUCAAGGGUGUGAGGACGUUUAUGCUCUUGGUGAUUGCGCAACGAUAGCUCAAAGGAAAGUUAUGGAAGAUGUUGCUGCAAUAUUUCGAGUAGCAGACAAGGAUAACUCCGGCACUUUAACUGUGAAGAAAAUAAAAAAUAUUCUUGGAGACAUCUACGAGAGGUACCCUCAGGUGGAGUUGUAUCUUAAAUCCAACCAAAUGAAGGACUUCCAUGAUCUACUCAAAGAUUCAGAUGGGAACUCCAAGGAGUCAAAAGAACUUGACAUAGAGGAAUUCAAAAAGGCCCUUGCUCGAGUGGACUCGCAAGUCAAGAUGCUCCCAGCAACAGCUCAGGUUGCUGCACAAGAGGGAGAUUAUCUAGCGGACUGCUUCAACAGAAUGAGGACUUGUGAACAAUACCCUGAGGGUCCUCUAAGGAUCAGAGGUGCAGGGCGUCAUCGGUUCAAACCUUUCAGGUACAGGCAUUUUGGCCAAUUCGCUCCACUGGGUGGAGAGCAAACAGCUGCGCAAUUGCCAGGCGAUUGGGUUCAUGUUGGCCACAGCACUCAAUGGCUGUGGUAUUCUGUCUAUGCAAGCAAACAAUUCAGCUGGCGCACAAGGAUGCUAGUCGUAUCUGAUUGGGGGAAGCGGUUCAUCUUUGGAAGGGACUCCAGCAGCCUAUAAAUUCAAGUCGCCCGAUUUUGUAGUUCAACUCCUACCUGUUAUUCCCGACGCUACUGUUUGAUUCAUUCCUACUGUUCCUCUAUUUUCGAAUAUCAAUUCUUUCCGUAGCCUAGCAAGGGUUUCGUUACCAAAUUUUGACCUUGCAUAUACUCUUUUCCUAUGUUGUGACGCACUGAAUGGAUGA